UCUCUGACACAGGUAACAAGAAGGAACAUGUUAAAAUCACAAGUGAGCGGAAGGCAGGGUUUCUGGAACGCCUCAGUGAGACAUCUGGGGGGAUGCUCAUCGGGCUUGCCACUUUCGCAUUGUCUUUCUACAUUCUGUUUACCAAUGAGGGCCGAGCUUUGAAGACAGCCACCUCUCUAGAUGAAGGCCUUUCUUUGGUGGUCCCGCUUGACAACAUCCAGAGUGUAUUGCAAGAGAAUGAGCAUAAACUCGUGCACCUGUCAGGCACCCUUAGAACUUCAAAGCCUUUGUAUGAUCCCAGCUAUGGGCUUUCCAUCCGGGCUGUCAAGCUUAAACGUCAUGUGGAAAUGUAUCAAUGGGUAGAAUAUGAAGAAUCCAAGGAUUAUGAAGAGAAUGGUGAGCUUAAGAAAGAAACAAGAUAUUCAUACAAUACCGAAUGGAAAUCAGAAGUUGUGAACAGCAGAAACUUUGAUCGAGAAAUUGGCCAUAAAAACCCCAGUGCCAUGGCUGUUGAAUCUUUCACUGCAGUUGCUUCUGAUGUCCAAGUGGGCAAUUUUUUUCUUUCCAAAGGCCUUAUUGAGAAGAUUGAUAAUUUCAAACAGAUGAGCUUGUCAAAACUGGAAGAUCCACAUGCUGAUGUGAUCCGCUCUGGGGAUUACUUCUUUCACAGUGAGAAUCCUCGACGUCCAGAAGUUGGAGACCUUCGUGUUUCCUUCUUUUAUUCUGGUUUGAGUGGAGACUCAUCCCAUUUGGGUCCAGCAGAUACGGUGACAAUAAUUGCUCGGCAACGAGGGGACCACUUGGUUUCAUACAAAACUAAAUCUGGUGAUUCUCUGGAGAUUCUUUAUCCUGAUGAGCUCUCUGCUGAGGAGGUGUUCCAGAAGGAGCAUGCGAGUAACAGCAUGAAGACUUGGGGUCUACGUGGGGCUGGCUGGCUGGCUAUGUUUGUAGGCAUCAACCUUAUGAUGAGAAUUUUUUACACCCUGGUGGAUUGGUUUCCAGUAGUCCGGGAGCUGGUCAACAUUGGCCUGAAAGCAUUUGCCUUUUGCUUGGCCACUUCUUUAUCCCUGCUAACUAUUUCUGUGGGGUGGUUCUUCUACCGGCCACUCUGGGCAAUACUGAUUGGGUUGCUGGCUGCAGUCCCCAUUGUGAUUGCAAGGUCCCGGGUUCCUCCCAAAAAGCAGCAGUAACAGGGUGAAGAACUGUGCCUCUCUUUGCACCUCAGUCUGUUUGGAACCAAUACACAUCCAGAGCAUCUAUCCUGCUUGAAGCCAUUAUCACGGUCCGCUGUAUUUAAAACAAAACCUGACGCCAUACAGACAGUGCCAAAGAUUUUAUAGUGGACCUAGAAGUGUAAAUAUUUGUACAGUUUAUUGUGUAAUUGAGUGAAAAGGGCAUGUUCUUAUACCAAGCUGAUGAGAUGCAACCAUUUUUGAGCACAUAACUGCUACAUUUAAGUGGCAGUAUCUUUAAAAGUAUCUGCCAGGCCUCAUAAGAGAACAGGUGGAGUGUAGCCUUGAUGGGACUAAGAGAAGUUUUGAAACCAUGGUGUGUACGUUUUUUAUAUCAGUCUGAAUUUGCGUGCUUUUUCCUUUCUGCUAUCCAUACCUUGUUACUUCUCAAAAUAUAUCCAUCCCUGCAUUUUCUUUUGUUUCUUGCUUAAGUUGACAUAGUCCUUUUUAUUUCUGUCUUGCCUGUGCAUUUAAGUUGCCCUCAAUUUAAAACCUUCAGCAUUGAACAAUUGCCCCUGUUGCCUUGUCAAGGCGCUUUAAUGACACUGGUGUGUUUGUUCACUGUUAUCACUGAGCUGAAACGUGUAUGCAUCUUCUAAGUAAAUAAGAGUUUUGUCCAUUUAAAGUGCCUUUUUGUAAGGGAAUGUUUUAAGGGGGGAAAUGAUUGUAGAUUCUAAUUGAAUUUUAUUAGAUGUUUAUUAGAUUUGUUUCUGUACUAUCACUUUAUAAUGGAUGUACAUAAACAUGCAUAAGGGAAACCUGACUCUGUGCUCUACUGGUCUGCAAUAAGCUGAAGUGUAGUCCUGUCUGUUAGCAGGAGAGCACGUGAAUCAUUGUUAACUGCAGUAAAUUAAAUGUAAUGUUUCUGUGUAGAUUGAGCUACUGUCCUGUCCAUACAUCACUAUCCUGAGUUUAGAGCAGCAUAGAUAACUUUUCCCCUUCUCCAUUUGAUCUUCACAAGAACUCCAUGAGAUUAAGCUAAGAGCUUAGACUCCAGUCCUAUAGCAUCUUAGAGACAAAGAAGAAUUUUAUGGUUUAAGCUUUUAAGAGUCAGAGCUCCCUUUGUCAGAUAUGAGUAGUAUGUUUGACUUGCCCAUGGUCAGCUUACGAGCUUCAUGGCAGAGUAGGGAUUUGGACCUGGAUUGUCUUAUCCCCAUUCCAUAUCUUUUUAAAAUGUUCAGCCCUGACCUGAAUAGCCCAUACAAGACCAAUCUCAUCAGGUCUCAGAAACUAAACAGUCAACUCUUGCAAGUACUUGGAUGGGAGACCUCCUUGGAGUACCGAGGCAGGAGCAGGUUUUAUUCAGCCACCUCCCUGAAUAUCCUCCAGGCCCCUCACCAGAGGUCACCAUGACUUCCAGGUAUGUGGACACGAGCACAUAAAAACUAAUAUAUAUCUCCCAAAAUCAUGUUUUAAAAAUGUUUUUGCUUUAAUCCACUGUAUUCAGAAUGGUAAACUAGUCUAAUUCUAACGUUAAAAUAUGUUCUUAUGUCAUUACAACUAUAAUUAAUGUAAACUAUGUUCUUCCAGCUAUAAUAGGUUACCCCCUUACUAUUGUUCUAAAACUCCUAUAAACUGGGCCAGCCUCAGCUACAAUUUAAGGUUUUGCAAACUCAUCUGUGUACUAUGCUAAUAUGAAUUUUCAUGCUUAGAGUGAAAAAUGUUCCUUCUCAGUACAUGUGUAUUUUCCAGUAGUAACCUUUGAAACUCCUGUUUUCUAUUAAUGGAAGCACCCAAUGUUUGUAUUUUAUGAAUAAAGCUUCAUAAAUGA